GUUCUUAUUUUCACAUUGACCGGAGGGGUCACAAAAAAAUUUUUUAAAAAAUGUUCGCGGCUCGCUCUGUACUUUUGUUGCUACUCGGUGUAUUGGCCUCCACUCAGGGAGCUAACAUUUUGGGGCUCUUCAGCAGUCAUAGCCCCUCUCACCUGAUCAUCCAUAUGUCGGUGGCCAAGGCCCUCGUCGAAGCUGGACACAAUGUCACCGUGGUUUCUAUGCUGAAGCCCAAAAUAAUGCACAAGGAUAUUACACUGAUUGUGAUUCCGAUGAACGAGGAACAGGAGCUUAUUAUGGAAAACCAAAUGGCCGAAAUGGCCGGGCAAAAAAAUUCACUUAUUAGCACCAUGAAUCGUCUUCUAACUGGCAUGGAAGUGAUGAUCAAUGCACAAGCAGAACUUCUCCAUGACCCGAGGUUCCAGAGGAUUUACGAGACCAAAUUUGAUUUGAUGAUAUUGGGUUACUUUAUUAACGACUUUCAAUUGGGAGUUGCACAUAAGUUGAAGGUUCCUGUAAUAAUCGACUGGAUGUCGGCUCCCAAUCCAGUGGUUGACAUGUUUAUGGGCAAUCCCUCGGAGAUAUCAUAUGUACCCACUACAGGCUCUACUUUUAUUCAACCCAUGGGUUUUCUGGCUAGAAUUGAAAACUUCGCUAAAAAAUUGUUUUUCCAAUAUUUUACGACAAUAUCUUAUUUCAAGUUGACUCGAAUUUAUAAUGAAAUCUUCUCUGGAAAGGAUCAGCCAACCCUUAAUGAGUUGAGGAAGAACAUCUCCUUGACUUUUGUCGGCUCCCAUCUAAAUAGCGAGGGUCCCAUUAGACCCUUAGUUCCUGGCAUUGUUGAAAUCGGAGGUAUUCAAGUGAAGGAUAAGCCUGAUUCACUACCCAAGGAUAUAGAUCAGUUUUUAAAUAAGUCCAAGCAGGGAGCUGUCUUCUUUUCUCUCGGAUCCAACAUCAAGAGUUCCGCGGUGAAGCCGGAAAUUGUCGACACCAUUUUUAAAGUCCUAUCAGGACUGAAACAAAAUGUGAUCUGGAAAUGGGAGGAUCUGCAAAUCACUCCCGGUAACUCAUCCAAUAUUCUUUAUAAGAAUUGGCUUCCCCAGGAUGAUAUCCUGGCCCAUCCAAACACCAAACUCUUCAUCACUCAUGCCGGAAAAGGUGGCAUAACCGAAUCACAGUACCAUGGUGUGCCCAUGGUGGCUUUACCAAUUUUUGGAGAUCAACUAGGAAACGCUGAUGCUAUGGAAAAAUCAGGGUAUGGACUGGCUCUCGAUUUGCUGACUAUAACAGAGGAUAGUCUUAGAGAGGCACUGCAUGAGGUCUUGACUAACAAGAAGUACAGUCAAGCUAUUGGCAAAUUCUCCUCCCUGUACAGAGAUCGACCCCUUACCGCAAAACAAACAGCGGUUUAUUGGACGGAGUACAUCCUGAGACAUCAUGGAGCCCCUCACCUACAGAGUCCAGCGGUGCAUAUGAACUUUAUUGAGCUCCACAACCUGGAUAUCUACGCUCUAAUUUCAACGAUCCUGGUUAUCUUUUUGCUACUAGCUCGAUUUGUUGCGAAAUCGAUAAUAAAAAAAUGUAGAGGAAAGGCAAAAAUUCCAGAAAAGAAAAAGAAAGAAUAA